AUGUCCUCAGUCCGCCCCUUGUUCGUGGUCGCCGGUAUCGGCAAUGGCACCGGCACCGGAGCUGCAACCGCCAGCCGUCUCUUCGCCAAAUCUGGCUACAGAGUCGCUCUUAUCUCUCGAGGACCAGAGUACCUCAAUAAACUCGCUACAGAGAUCAGCCAGGCAGGCGGAGAGGCUGCAGCAUUCCCUCUCAAUGACUACACCACCCCAUCUAUCAAGUCAGCGUUCGCUGCCCUCAAGUCUCACUGGCCAUCAUCCCCUCUCCGCGUCGCGGUCUUCAACGCGGGCUACGGUGUCUGGAAGCCAUUCCUUGAUAUCACGGAAGACGAAGUCCGUGAGUCGAUCGACACCAACGUUUUAGCGGCUUUCGCCUUUUCACGCGAGGCUCUUCUUGAGUUUACAAAGCUUGAGCUUGAGACCGCGAAUGAGGGCGGAGUUGCUGGCAAUGCUCGUAAAAGGGGCACCCUUAUUUUCACUGGCGCAACGGCUUCUAUCCGAGGCAACGUCCUGACCUCUGCAUUUUCUGCGAGCAAGUUUGGGAUAAGGGCUUUGUCGCAGAGCUUAGCUAAGGAGUUCGCCAAGCAGAACAUACAUGUCGCUCAUAGCAUUAUCGAUGGCGGCAUCAUCACUGACCGCACCAAAUCUCACCACAACAACCCUUCUUGGGAGGCUGAUCAGGAUGUCCGACUUGAUCCUAAUUCUAUCGCCAAGUCGUACUUGUACCUCGUCGAACAAGAUAGUUCAGCCUGGACUUGGGAAAUUGACCUGCGUCCUGCUCAUGAAAAGUGGUGAGCAACUCGACCAGCAAGUUUUGGUCUAGAGUCAAAGCGCAAUUGGAUUUGUAAGUCUUG